AUGUAUACAUAUCGAGGGUACCGGAUAGCUCCACUUCCAUCGCAAUCACAACCACCACCUGCUCCACCUGCUCAACAGGAAUUCUUUCUACCUCUUAAGGAAAAGGAGGAUCGAAGUUUGAAAGGACCUAAAUACGAAGAUGCUAAGAUCACGUUUGCGAAUGUGGUCUCUUACAGGCACGGAGAUGACAUCGACUUAAGGAGUGAGUUCCGUCCAGAUGAAUCAAACAACACUGAUCCUGCACUGCCAUGCACGGAGAUGACAUCGACUUAA